AUGUACUUCUUUUUUUAUAUCUACUUCUGGAUGUUUUAUAAACACACCAUAGAGAAGAAAUUAACAUUAAAUUUAGCUCAUCAUUUCGCCUUUACUCUUGCUGUUUACAUGCAGCGGGCGCAUGAGUUAUACGUCACGGUGAUGGUUAAACUCAAUUGGUUCAACUACAUUUCCCAUAACGCCCAGUUCGCCUUUACGUCACAAACCAAAAUGGCGCGGGUUGCAGCCUUUUUGAAGAAUGCGUGGAAUAAGGAGCCCGUCAUCUUAACAUCGUGUGUUAUAGGAACAAUGGGUAUGGUUCUUCCACUAAUAAGUCCAUACACAAAGUAUGCAGGAAUGAUCAAUUGUGCGGUGCCAUAUAAUUACCCAGUUCCUCUGCGCGAUGAUGGAAACAUGCCCGACGUUCCCGUGCACCCGUGUGAACAAAGGGGAGACAGGCUGCAAUGGCUCAAAGACCUUUAACUUCGCAUUCUUCCACGCUCUGUAAUUGUCAGUAUCCCACAAUAAAAAUUGUCUAUUUAAUUCCA